AUGCUCGACACUGGAAACUUUGUGCUAGUGAACCAGACUUCUGCAAUAAUUUGGCAAAGCUUUGAUGAGCCAACUGACACUCUUUUGCCCACACAGGUACUGAACCCAGGUGGGCAGCUCAUUGCUCGUUUCACAGAAAAAAAUUAUUCAGGUGGAAGAUUUGCAUUGUCGCUAACAAACAUUGGAAAUCUUGCAUUAUACACCACAAAUUUCCCUCUUUACAACAGUUUAAAUUACAACUAUUUGGAUUACAAGACUGAAGGGUUCGGACUCCAAGUGGUGUUCAACCAGUCUGGCUUCCUAUACCUAAAAGCCAGAAAUGGUAGCAUUCUUGGCUUGUUCUCUAAUGAAGUAUCCGUUGAACAAGAGUUCUACCAAAGGGUGAUUCUCGAAUACAAUGGUGUCUUAAGACAUUAUGUCUACCGAAAACCACCGCCUCAUUCAGACAGCAGUUGGUCAAUCAAGAGUUUCACUCCUGGUGACAUUUGUACAGCAGUUACACAGCAAACAGGCAGCGGAGUGUGUGGCUACAACAGCUACUGCAGGUUAGGAGAUGACAACCAACCACUUUGCAUAUGUCCUCCAGAUUACACACCUUCAAAUCCAAUCGAUGAAUUGAGUGGUUGCUUCCCAAACUUUUCUCGACAAACCUGUGAAGGAACGACACAUGAUGAGAAUUCCUAUGUUAUGAAGGUGCUGCGAGCUGUGGACUGGCCACUGUCUGAUUAUGAACACUAUCAGAAUGUUUCCAUUGAUUGGUGCAAAAAGCAUUGCCUCAUGGAUUGCUCCUGCGAUGUAGAAAUUUUCGGAAGAGACGGGGACUGCUGGAAAAAGAAGCUACCACUCACAAAUGGAAAGAACAACAGCUCUGUCGAUAGAACAGCAUUCAUCAAAGUUGACUUAAUGAUACUGUCAGCAAAAGUCUUCAUUCUAAGCAACCGAACAGGGUACAUAAUCUUCAAUUAA